GUUGAUGGCGAAGAGACUAUUACCCUGCAGUUGAGCUUUCUACGUUUGCCUUGUGCCACACAAUACAUCAAAAUACGUGAUGGUCCAUCAUUAUCCUCAACUUUGUUGAUUGAGUUGCAGGGUGGUAGCGGAGGUGGUGUGGGGGUUGCUGCUGGUGUUGGUAGCAGUAACUCUGCCACGUCGACCACAUCCCAGGGUAAUGGCAAUUUACCUGUUUUUGUGGAAUCCAGUGGAGCUCAAUUAUUAUUGGAAUUUUUUGCCGGUGAGGAUGGCAGCGGAGGCAGCAUUGCGAACAAUACUGAAAUCCAUACGGGCCUAAUAUGUACGGGCGGUUUUUUGGCCAACAUUGAACAAAUUGCUAAAAAUUCCUCGAGCGCAUUAAAUAAACCAGUAGUGGCCGCCACGGGCCUGACCAUCAAAAGUCGAGCAUUUCUACAGAAGCCCAAAAUGAAAUCGAAAUUUACUCUGGUCCACUUGAGUGCUAUUGUUUUUGCCAGCAUCAUAAUACUCAUCAGUGCUUUACUGGGUGCCCAAUAUGUUGUUCGCUAUCGUAAAUAUCAUUUGGCCAUAGCCAAGCGACGAGAUGAGGGUUCUCGACUCCACACACCUAGUGCUUCAAUGAAUUCUCUGGCCAGCCCACCUUCGAGAGCCAUAUCGACCACAACUUUGAUAUCCGAAGUUAUUUAUAUGGUUAAAAUGCGUCCGAAACAUCAGCUGAGGCAUUCGAUUUUAAGGGAGAGUGUCGAUGCGGAAAAUUUGGCCCGAGAGACCGAAAUGAAGGAGUCUGUUAUAAAGGAACCGACAAUAAAGAGUGUCGAUGAACUUGGCAGCAAUGUUUCGAUUAGCACUUUGCGCAAUGAAAUCAUAUCUCCAACCACCGAAUCUAUGAGUCGCACUCCCUCCACCGAAGGCGGCUUGGUACAGCGUACCGCCAGUGAGUGUUCAAUUGAUAAUGAGGCCGAUGAGGAUGAAAAUGAUCCACGCAACGCCACCCUGAAACGUAAGGAUAGCGCUAAAGAUUCCGAAAGUAUUAUCUCAUCGGGAAUGUCAUCGAUCUGCCAGAGCCCACCCAUGAACACGAAGCGUAGUAGUAAAUAUUCCGAACGCUAUGAUGCUGCCACCCUGAAAAUGACCAAUUCCUAUAUGGAAGAGAAAACCGAUUGUGAGUCACUGAAAUCGAUAAUUGUCCAUCAGCAGCAGCAACAGCAUCAGAGGAUGAAUCCGCGUUGCAGUUCAGUUAAUUUGACAAAUGGCUGCUAUUCCCCAGCCUCCAGUAUCAUCAGCUCCGCCACCAUACGCAGCACAAAUGCCAAGGAGAGCAAGGAGAAACAAAAUCGCAAGAAGUUAUUGGCCCGUCCUGGCUCCGAAUUCUCUCUGGGGAAUCAGGAGGACUUCGAGCUGGACUAUUAUGACUACAAUGUGACAAAUGCAGGAGCGGCUCCAGGAUCAUAUUUGGGUAUGGAUCCAGCCUAUUUAAUAUGGAUACCACCCUUCGAUGAUAUACCCGAUUCCCCGGAGCGGGAAGAUGAUGAUAAAACGCCCGAGCCGAUACCAGAUGAAAAUCAUCCCCUCUAUGAAGAUAUUAAAAUGCCAAAAUAUGGACACUAUCUAAGUCCGCAUAGUAAUACGAACUCGAGUAAUAAUACCACCACCAAUACCAGUCCCAUAUCAGAUGAACUAUCCCCGCUCAAUAGUAACUACCACUCCAAAGCGACAACACCCUCCGAAACAGAUUUGAAAAAUUGCCUCAUACGCAAGGCGAUUUCUUCGAAUUCACAAAAUUCACCCUCCAAACAAUCGACACCAUAUCUAUCGCGUAAGAAACGUAAACAUCAGCGGCAGCAAUCUAAAUCGACAAUGUCGCUAGGGCAUCAUGAUCCCGCCGAAGAAGAGAGUAUACCUCUGAAGGAGUUGAAUUGUACUAAAUCGGCACGCAAUUUGGUGCUGCAACACCAAGAAAAUCACCAAAACCAACCCAUGGAAACGGGUACCAUUUUAGAGACGGAUUCCAUGAAUGGUUCGUAUAUCGAAAAGGAAACAUCGGUUGUUAAAUCACCAAGUGAUUUACAAAACUACACAUCGGAUAUACAAUUUGCGGAUGAUAGUGAUGGCAGUGAUAUUGAAUUAUCGUCCAUAGGACAUCAAAAAGAGCGUAAGCUGUCGGCAAAGGAAAUACUGGCGGAGGAAUGUAAAAUUGUAAGGGAUAUGAAAAAGGUUAGCGGGACACUGUUGUCGCAGCAGACACAUCCAACAACGCGUACAAUGAAAAGGACACAGGUUUAA